GCCUUCAGUGGGCAGAGUUGACCAGUCGGGCCCCGCCCCCUCGGGCUGUGAGUGACAGGGCAGUGCGCCUGCGCACUGAGCUCUGGUUUGAAAGAAUGGCGCUGAUGGUGACAGAGGACUGGAUCCGACAGAGAGUGGAGCUGAAGGAGCAGCGGCUGGCGGAUGUACGUUCUUUGAUUCUGCCAGGAAGCUAUGAAGAAAAGAUCUCACAUCUUGGAAAAUCCCUCAGGAAUUUUACCCGCCUUAAAACACUAGAUCUAUCUCGUAAUUCUCUGGUUACAUUAGAGGGGAUUCAACACUUGAUUCAUCUGGAAAAACUCAACCUAUAUUAUAACAAGAUUGCAAGUUUGAAAGAGAUUUUUCUCCUUCGUAAUCUGGGUGGUUUGAAAGAACUUGACCUGAGACUGAACCCUGUGUCCAAAAAUGAAUCAGACUAUCGACUUUUUGUUGUGCACAUGCUCCCCAAUCUUAGAAGGUUAGACGAUCGACCAAUCAGAGACAGUGAGCGCAAAGCAGCACUGAUGCACUUCACCACAGAUCAGGCAUAUGAGUUCCAUGAUUAUCCUGCUCAGCAAGUGGAAAGUGAAAGGCCUAGACAUCCAAGGGUCGAAUUUAUAAACUCAUUGACAAAGAAAUGCUCAGAACUCGAUGAGGAUGAUGAAGCUGUUUUGAAUCUCAUCGCAAAGUGUGGCUGGGAUUUGAACAAACCUGCCGGAAUCACAGGUUUAGCCAAAAGUACUCCCGCGGCCAAGCUGCAUAACUUGCAGGGUAUCCGUGAGAUUGAUGAUGCUUCAGGAAGCCAGGAAGCAGCAAGAAACACCUUACCGUCGAACAGGUCCCUGUCUGUCAACAUUCCUAAGGCAGUUGUGAAUUCACAAAGGAAAGGCUCUGCAGAAUUUCAAGCAUUUACCGAAGAAUAUCCAACAUUACCCAAUGCUUCCUCUCCACGAUCUUGUGCCAUUGCAUGUGGCACAGAGGGCACUGCACGAUGUGGCCGAGUAACAUUUGCAGAUGAUAAACCCCGAGAGUUCCCUGCAGUGGAUCCCAACUUGAAAUUUCAAGAUGAGGCUGAAGCCUACCACAGGCUCACCUCCCGCUCACGCUUCACCCCACAUCCAGGCUCCUCCUCGCACAGUCCUCCUGCACCACGGCAUCAACUUCCCAAAUCGACAGCAUCUUGCACUUUCCUUGGUUCCUUGCCAGCCAAUGACAUGAAUGGAGAGAAGCCAAAAGCUGGAGAUCAGCCCUUCAGGCUGGUGCAUGAUCAUCCUGCAGAGAUGCUAAAUCUACUGGGUGGGCAUCCCUCAGCAGCCCCGACUCUGCCAGCCUCUCAUUACAAUCAGACAGAGGAGCCACAUGUAAGAAAGCAGCAUGCAUCUCAGAAACCUGGCGAUGACGAUGGGAGGAGCAAUGGUACUAGCCCGAGAAGCUGUGAGAUAGUUCAAUCGAUGUCCAAUGACAUACUGUCUAUAGGAUGUCCAGCAGUUGAUGCAAAUCCCUUUAACCCAGACCUCAUGGUUAGUUUUCUAGAUCUAGUUGACAGAUACUGGAACGGAUUUAAGUCUCUUCAUUGUAAUGAAAAAUUUCUGAAUCAGGCAAGAAAAAUGAUGUGCGUCAUUCAGGAGCAAGUGGCACUCGAAAACCAGCCAAAAGAAACUAAGAAACUUCAAGAAAGGAUAAACAAUUUAAAAGCGAAGAAUGAGUCUUUGGAAGCCUGCCUUUGCCAGCACAAGCAACAGUAUACUGAAGAAUUCCAAAAGCUGUCUGUGCAGCUGACGCAAGCUCAAAGGGACAUGGAAACAUUGAAGGGUUGUUUAGGUCAGACUUUGGAUGAGAAAAACCAUUUACAGAACCAUCUGAUAAAACUAGAACAAAAAGCACUUAAUGCUUCCAGUUCCACAAACCAACAAGUUGAAGAGCUGCAGAGCCACAACCAGAAGCUGCAAUGUGAGAUUGACAAUCUGAAGCAUCAAGUCCAGUGUUACACCAAAAUCCAAGAACUGACUGAUAAGCUCCAGGAAAGCCACAGGGCACUGGUGUGCACUAACGAACACUUGCUGAGGGAGCUGAAUGCAACACGAGACCGACACAAAGCAGAAGUAGACCAGCUGCAUUGGAGCUAUGUUCAACUAAAGAAAACCAUGGAGCAGCCCCCCUGCAACACGACUGUCACAACAUUUGGCAGCACGCCAUCGGGCAGAGAGAUUAAAAGUCAUGUGGAGUUAGGGCAGAGACCCCCCAAAAAACUGAAAUGACUUGCAAGAAACAAAUUACAAAGAGCUCUGUGCGAUGCCAUGCUGUUCACUGAAAGUGCUUUCCAUCAAUUCAAAGUUUAAUAACUCAUAGCCAGAGAUGUGUCAAACGUGUCUGCAGCAUGUGUAUAAAA